UGCAUUAUGGGACUCGUUGCCGGCCGCACUGAGAUCAGAGGAACUCAUAUUGUAUCUUGUUCAUUUGGGAACCACAGGUCAAAAAUAAGGCCGCAAAAAAUCCCCUCGGAACUAGCGUCAAACCCCAAAUGGACUUCAACACCUUGUAGGAGGAAUUAAGCACCUAUGUAGCUCCUAAAGAUGCGAUUGUCAACCUCGAAACGAGGAUUUUAGCUCGUUGAACGGCUCUGGUUGACAUGACGGUAUCGCCGUAAAAGCCAUGUAAAAACCCGUAGAAGUUGGACUAUUAUAUCUGGUUCCUUGUGGGCUUCGGUGUUUUAGCGAAUCGCCAAGAUGAUGUGCGAUAUUAUGCCGACCAUAUCCGAGGACCCUCCAGAGAUUCAAUUCGGACAAAAUGAGGAAACGAAUUUCGAACAACUAAUGGUUAAUAUGUUGGACGAACGGGACAAACUCAUGGAGACAUUGCGAGAGACACAAGACUCUUUGGCUUUGACCCGUUCGAAGUUGAACGAUUCCCAAAAAGAAAAAGACAGAUUAAUGGCUCAUUUAGAAUCCGUCCUUGCUCAGGGGGACGAACAGUUGAUAGAAAGGCUUUCCGGCUUGGAUGGAAUGAAUACGGACUCUAGUGGUAACAUGAAAACAGAUAAAGGCAAAAACCGAGUACGAGUUUUAGCCGAGGACUUUGCCUCUAUGUUAAAAGAACUCCACCAAGCCCGUGAACAGCUACUAGAAAAAGACGAAGAGAUUAUUGAGUUGAAAGCUGAGAGGUGCAACACAAGGCUUCUGCUGGAGCACCUGGAGUGUCUAGUGGCUCGCCAUGAGCGCUCCCUCAGAAUGACCGUCGUCAAGCGACAAGCUGCUGUGGCUGGUGGUGUCUCAUCUGAAGUGGAGGUUCUGAAGGCUCUCAAGUCACUAUUCGAGCACCAUAAAGCACUGGACGAAAAGGUGCGGGAGAGGUUAAGGCAAGCUGUCGAAAGAGGGAACUCUUUAGAAGGCGACCUAGACGAAGCACGUGAUAAGAUUAAACAGCUGGAACAAGAAAAUGAAGACAUCAGGUUACGAAACCUACGGAGAGGGAGACAAGAAGAUGGCUCUCCGAGCCAAGAGGUCAGCUUACCCAACGGGGAUGGAAGCCAGGGUGCAACCAUGUCCAAUGGUCCCGUCAUGGCGUGUAUAGAAGAACACGAAGAACAGCUAGAAGAGAUGCAGUUCUUAUUAGAUAAGAAAUCCAAAGAAUUAGAAAGAAUUACAAAAGAAUCCAAGGAUUUGAAGGAAAAAGUGACAUCUCUAGAAGAGGAAUUACGACUCUCAAACAAGCAGUCCGAGCGACUGACAAGUCAAGUCCAGAGACUGGAACGAGAUCUGGACGAGGCGGCGGCGCAAAAAUCCGACAUGGAAGAUCGCAUCGCGACACUAGAAAAACGCUACGUUCGGAUGCAACAUGAAGUGACGGGAUUAAACGACGACAACGAACGACUGGAAACCGAGCUUGCCACAAAAGAGACCGAGCUCAUUCAGUGUGAAGAAAAGGUGAGAGAUCUCCAAGAGAAGCUCGAGCUCUCUGAGCAGAACCUGAACCAGCUGCUGCGCAAAGCUGAGGCGCUGCCCAAGAUCGAGGAGGAGCUCGCUGUGCGCAUGGCUGCGCUCAACGAGGCCGCAGAGAAGCAAGGCACAGCAGAGGAACAGGUGACUAAACUGAAAACACAACUUGAGGAUCUCCAGUCCGAACUAAAAAGGGCGAGAGAACGAGAGAAAAUGAAUGAGGACCACAACACCAGAUUGUCGACGACGAUAGACAAGCUGCUGACCGAGUCUAAUGAGCGCCUGCAGGCUCAUCUUAAAGAAAGGAUGAACGCAUUAGAAGAAAAGACCGCCGUUACUCAAGAAUUAGAAAGCAUGAAGUUGCAAGUGGAUGACCUCCAAAAGGAAAAGGAAGUGCUUGCGCGAGAGUUAACAAGAAUAAAAGACGAGUAUGAACUUCUGAUUCACAAACAAGGAAUGUCCAAAAGCAGAGAGCUGGAGGAAAGAGAGUAUAGAUCUGUGGGCGAAGACAGCUCCCAAGUGUCAUCAAGCGUUCCGUUCCGAGAGCACCGCGGCCGUCUGUGCGUGCGGGAGAACCCGAGUCAGGUGUUCACUCUGAACGAACAGGAAUGGCAAAAGAUGGAGCAGGAGAACGUGCUCAAGAACAUCUCGCUGGCCUUCGACACCAAGGGCCUACCCGUGCUGGAUGAGGGAGAGUUUUACGAAGAUGACGGGGACUCGACCGAAGUGGCGGGUGACGCCCAGACGCUCGCGUCGCUUUUACAACAACAGAUAGAUGCUAUUAACAUGGAGUUGCAUUACCUACAAGAGGAACAUAAAAGUACUGAGGAGAAAACUGAAGAACUGGAACAGACUUCUACGUCUAAAUCUGCGCUCCAUCGACUCUCGGCUACUGAGGAGUACCUCGCCAACUCAACGUCCUUUCCAUUUCCGCCGCUUGAUCCGAUGGACACCACGCCCAUAUGGGUGAAGUCUAGUAAGGAGGGCUCUCUGAAUAACUUAAAUGACGAGAGUCCGACCCCUCCGACACCCAGCUCUUUAGCGUCCGACUCGACCGAGAGUCCAAAAACGAGUAUUGCUAGCCCCGUACCAGAGUCGCUCACGCCAACGCCCGAUACUCUCACCGCUCCAACCAACAAUGGCAUCGCUAAGCAAAGGGACAACUCAAACGACUCACUACCCAGUGCCGCCAGUACAAGCACAACCAGCAGCGCAGAAUCCCUUUCCAAAACAACCUCCUCCACGUCCAAAAAGAAAGGUCUAAAGGGAUCCAUCGGUCGAAUCUUUAGUGGUAAGAAAGAAAAAGGCAAAACUAAAGAUGGCAAGCCACAGGAUGGAGAUACGGCAUCCAUAGACUCGUCUACGUCUGGCCAGCGAGAGAUGGACAGAGGUGUGAAGAAGAAGUCUCAACUGCUGUCAGAGGCUCUCUCUGCCGGCACGCCCUUUGCGCUCUGGAACGCGCCUACCGUGGUGGCUUGGCUAGAGUUGUGGGUGGGAAUGCCGGCCUGGUACGUCGCAGCAUGUCAGGCCAACGUGAAGAGUGGUGCCAUUAUGUCGGCGCUGUCGGAUACGGAGAUCCAACACGAGAUUGGUAUCUCCAACCCGCUGCACAGACUCAAGUUGAGACUUGCGAUACACGAGAUCGUGACGCUAACCACACCAUCGUCACCACACACCAACAGAAACUCUCUUGUUUAUGGUGAGAUGAACCACGAAUGGGUCGCUAACAAGUGGCUACCAAUGCUUGGUUUGCCCCAGUACAAGAGUAUAUUUGAAGAGUGUCUCGUAGAUGCUCGAAUGCUGGAUCAUAUCAGCAAAAAGGAAUACCAGAAAUAUUUGAAAGUUGUAGAUAGCUUCCAUAGACAUAGUAUACAGUGCGGCGUAAAAUGCUUAAGUUUAUUAAACUACGAUAAAAAGCUUCUCGAGAAGAGGCAGCAAUACUCUAAAGAUGAACAAAAAGACGUUCUUGUGUGGAGUAACGCACGACUCAUUAAGUGGAUGAAGCACGCCGGGCUAGAAGAGUACGCGGACAACCUCCGACAAACAGGCAUACAUGGAGCGCUCAUCGCACUGGACGAGAGCUUCGACCACAAUGCGCUAGCAUACGCGCUACAGAUCCCAAGCCAAAACACACAGAUUCGUCAAGUCUUAGAAAAAGUUUUCGCCUGUCUGUUGGCCAGCGGCACGGAUCGGGUGAUAUCUGGAGAGCUUGCCGAUGGUAGUGAACUAAAGAGAUCUAAGUCAUGGCGUAAGAUGUUCAAAGCCAAAGAGAAGGGCAAGCAAUCGAAGGAGAAAGACCCAGCUCGCCGCCAUUCCUCGGGCUCAGAGUCCUCUCUGAGUCAGUGCAGCACUAGCUCCUCGCCUAAGCUCUCGCAUAGAGGUUCAUUCAAGAGAAAUGACGCUAAAACAAUAGAGGGUGGCUCUUCCGUUCAAGGGAGGCAGUCCUAGUACGUAAACAUACAGAAAUCACAAAUUGUCUCUACAAAAGGUGAAUGAAUGAGAAGGAUCAAAUUUCCAUUGGGGGUAUUAUCUAUGCCACAUACAUAGAAAUUAUAAAUACAGAUUUAUUUUUCAUACAAAGUAGAUAAAAUGCGGAGAAACACCCGCCAAGCUAACCAAAGCAUUUAGAAAUGCUAUAUAUGCAACGGCCGCAUCUCCAUUUGAGUUGUUAAUCGCUAUAACAUUUCUAAGAAAAUUUCUAGGAUUUCCAUUAUUUCAUAUGUUUAUACAGAAAAUAUUUCCACCAUUCUAUUUCGUAGAUCUCGCCAAAACGAUCGGGUUUUUACGUGCUAAGAUUCCCCGAUAUUCUAACGAUUCAGCUGGAUUCACUCUCCAUGUCAUUUUAUAGAUUUCCUUACCAACGAUCUAGUUGUCACGGCGCGACAUUUAAGAGAUCUCUUUUCCAUGAUUCUAUAGCCUUCAAUAAACAGUUGUCCGUAAGCUCGUUCCCAGGUUCUUAUGUGUACAUAAUUGUGUUAUGAUAGAGGUACUAAGAAGAAACUGGGAACGAGGAAGGCGUUCUUACGUCGUUUAGGCCCCCGUGCUUUCGAUUCUUGCUUGUAUGUUAGCGAGUACGUACGUAUUCGUCUUUUCAAGUGGCAAUCACGUGCGAUUGCGUCCGCUUCGGCCAGAUCGUUGAUAGCUUCUUCACUGUGCAAUAUUACAAUCUGUACCGUGCAGCUUACAAAUAGGUGAGGAUACUUUCUGACAGUCCUCAGUCUAGUCUCUUAUUAGUCUAUACCUUUCUACUGAAUGACGUUUGUCAGGCCUCAGACACUGAAUGUACACAUGGGGUUUGAGGCAGAAAUCGUUGGAGCUUGCUCUCUUAAUGAUUCUCCUUAAAACUCAGAUUUGUUCCAAGCCCGUAUAGGGGAGAAUUUUCAAGUUUAUUUUUUUCGCGUGGAUAGUAAUCAAGUCUGUUCGCUGAGGCAAGUCGAAAAUUACCCAGAAGACCCUGGGCACGAGGAAGCCAAUGCCAGGACCUGUUUGAUAUUCUGUGGUGUGCUAACCGUUGCCUCGGUUGCGUGCGGUAUGUCCCAGGCCCUCGAAUGUUCUGUCAAGUGAGCCCGCAAUCUUAUUGCACGCAAAUGUUACAUUUUAUUUCUUGGAAAUUCACCCUUUAAAAGAACGAAUAUUGGGUAUCUGCUGGCAGAUUUAUGUAGCUAACAUGGAAACUCCGGAAUGAAUCAAAAUAGGUCAAAUUAGAAUUUAAAGGAAUUGCUUAUAUACAGCAAAUUUAUAAAUAUAUGAAUCAUAUAAAUACGGUUUAUUAUACUUAAACAUAUAUUUCACAACGGUGUCUGUGUUUAACAUCAAUCUGUGAUUGUAGUAAGUUGUAUUCCUGUUUUGGGAACCUCUUGUCAGAUAGUUGUUAUAAAUACAGAAACCAUUAGCUUUACUAUUUAUGGUUUUGUAUAUCGCUUCAUAUCGCUUAAAAAAUCAAAGUCAUUUUCACGUCUAUCACCUUUUGUAUAACUACUUGUACCAGCUCGUACUUGUGUCUUAACUAGUGAUGUCCAUGUGUUUAAGGAUAAUACUUUGACCCCUGAUAGUAACUAAAGGUUUUUUCUCGAACUUAUUUGUCAUUCGAAUGUGCUAAACAAAAUACUGAAAGUCGUAAACUAUGCUAAUUGGGGAACAUUUCGAAAUUCAACAAAAACAUAUUUUUCCAAAGUAUUUUUUUUGUCUUUGAAGGAAUUCGUGUAUAGCAUUAGAGCUUCGAUGGCAAUUACGUAUAACCUCUUGUUGCAAUUAUUGAUGGAUUGACAGUACUUGUUCACAUAAAAUGCCUGGAACAUGUGAACUCUGUCGUCUGUUAUUUAACUUUACGCCACUCCCGUGCUACUCUUUGUACAUAGACCACUUCUAGCAUUCCUUUCUAGCAGAAUUCUAGAUGUCGUCUUGUCUCUCAUGUUUCUCAGCGCUUUCGAGAUCUCUGCUAGCAGAAAAUUUUCAUGACACCUUUAAAUCAGAGAAGAGGUCGUUUUUGAUAAUCGCUAGACUCGGAUGUUGUACUGAAUUAGGACUCGUGUUACCGAAAUGCUUGUUGAAGGCUGAAAAUAAAGAAUUUUUUAUGCUG